UAAUUCUAAAACGUAUCUUAUGUACUUGCGUAAUAAUUCCAUUAUUAAAUUGUAAUCUAAGUUAAACGCAAAGAAUGACAUAAAAUUUAUAAAAAAAAGUACUCAUAAAAAAUCUACUGCAAUACUUUCAUGAUAUUAUUUUGUCCGUUGAAUAGAUAAUUCUUAGUUGUAGCCAGAAUUUAUUUAAACACUAUAGUUCUCUAUCAACAGAAUUAAAUAUUACUUGUAAAUAAUAUCGUCUAAUUGUGUUUAAUAUUAGAAUGAAGUUUACACUCUUUAUUGUUCUUGCUGAAAUAUUUGUGUGCAUAUCAGUGAGUGCCAUUGAUCAACUUAGAGUGUUGAACGUCACAUCUACAACAUGCACUUUAUACUGGAAACAACCUCUAAAUGAUUCUACUAAAUUAAUGAACAUUAUAAGAACAUUAGAGUACAAUUAUAUUUUCUAUCCAUAUUCUAAUUGUCUCGAAGCACAAUACACUUGCGAGUGGUUGCAACCUGCAACUGUAUAUAACAUUUCAGUAGAUAUUUAUUUCCGAAAUGGUACAGAGGCAGCAAAUCCAAUCUCAACCGAGUGCACCACUAAGCCUAUGACAGAUAUCUACAUACCACCUGUUCUCAAACUAGAAGUGUUAGAAGUUACGACUACGACAUGCAAAAUCUCUUGGAUAAAACCUACAAGGCUUGAACAAUUCACAAAAUACGUUAUAACUGUCCUUGACAAUGAUUCUAAUUAUACUAGUUAUCGGUACUUUUCUUCCCUCUCUAAACUUCAAUAUACGAUCGAGGACCUCAAACCUGGUACUAAUUAUGACAUCUCAGUGUACAUUGACUACAAAGACAAUGAAGUCACAACUUCAUGCAUCACUAAACCUCAAUUAGGUGAACUCAAAGUGCUAGAAUCCACGAAUACAUUGUGCAAAAUUAUUUGGAAGAAACCUAUAAAUAAUGAUGAAACUUUAAAAUAUGUUGUCAGCGCAGUUGACUCUAAUUCUCUUCAACAGAAAAAUAAGCAAUGGGAAUAUUAUGAAAACAUAUAUGUAUUUCAACCCGAAAUACUUGUAACCUUGCCUAAUUUACAACCUGGAUCUAACUACAGCAUUUCAGUGUUUAAUGACAAAACAAACACCACAAUUUCAACGGAAUGCAUUACAAAGGCAGAAUUAGGUCAACUUACAGUGUUAGAUUCCACUGAUACAACAUGUAGGAUUUUAUGGAAAAAACCCACAGAUAGCUACGAUUUAUUAAAAUACGAUGUAACUGUAUUUUAUUCAAGGGAAUUUAACAAAACUUAUGAAUAUUAUUCCUGCUCUGCCGAAGUACAUUAUACUUUGAAUUUGCUACAAUCUGCAACUAAAUUUAACAUUUCAGUGUAUAUUUGGCACACAAAUACUCUAAUCUCAACGGAAUGUAUCACAAAAGUUAAUUCAUGUUUGGUAUAUUAGUAUACAAAAAUCUACGACAUUAAUAUAACUUGCCACUUUGCUAUCAAUGCAUCAAGAUAAAUGGAAGUUUUUACACGGAGAGAAAGUUUAUAUUAAAUUUUGUAAAAGAAUUUCCCAAUUUGGGGAAAAAGUGCCACAAACCGAAAUUUUGACAUUGAAAAUACUAAAUAGUGAAAGAAAU